AUGAUCUACUUUAUAUUUCUAUUUAUUACUGUCUCAUUUUCAAAGCAAUGUUAUGAAUAUACAGGGAGUCAAAUAGAUACUGUUGAUGGUGCAUUUGAAUGUAUUGAAUCGUUGGACACUCUACCUGAACAAAAUAAAGAAAUAAUAAACGGAUUAAAAGUACGUUUGGAGGCAUACGUAUUUAAAGAUAUAUUAAAGAAUCCACCACAACCAUCAUUUUCAAAUAAUUAUUAUGAAAAAGUAGAUGUUGAUGCAGAAUUAGAUAAAAUAAAUACAGACACAAUAAGUUUCUAUGACUUCUAUUUUCAAAUUAAGAAACUUAUUGUUUCAACAAGAGACAUGCAUUUAAGGUUUUAUGUAAAUGAUGAAUUGUCAGACAAUUGGAACAAAGAUUUGCUAUAUUUCUAUUAUUUCCUUCCUUUUAAUAUUACCAUUGACAGAAAUAAGAAAAUGUAUUUAAUUCCAAAAGAUGUUUUUAAGGGAGUUUCAGUUGACGUUCCACAAAAAAUAAUAGAUAACAAAGACGUGGCUAUUAAAACAAUAAAUGGAGAAGAUCCAUUUAAUAUUAUUCGUGAAUUUGGAAAAGAGUAUAUUGGAUUGAAAUGUCCACACGCACAAUUUACAUUGGCAAAAUCAACAGAGUCUGAUUACGCAUUAACACAAGGACGACUAACUUCCCAACCAUUACCAAAAAAUUAUUUGAACAAACAAAUUUAUAUUGAGUGGGAAAAUGGACAAAGUGAUAAUGUUAAUUAUUCAAUUCUUAGACAUAAUUCAAGAUAUAAAGAAAACACAAAACAGAUAGAAAAUAAUAAUGAAGAAGAAAGUUUAAAAUCAAUAAACAGAACAAUAGAAUCGACUGAAAACGAAGAAUUAAAAAACGAAUAUGGGUCACUAGUUGAACCUAUAUAUUGUAGAGUUUCCGACAAAAAAGUGAAUACUUUUGUAUUGAAAGAGUUUAUAAGUAUGGACUCACUUAGUCGGUAUAAUGAAAUAGUUUUAAAUUGUAUCAAAUUAUUUGACUCAAAUGAAUAUCCAAUUCAAGUAAUCCUUCCAGAGAAUGCUGGAGGAGAAGGAAGAUCUGAACAAUGGAUAGAAAAGAUAUUUGCACCACAUAAUGAUGUAAGAAUGAUAGUUUCAGCAAGGAUUUCAACAUGUACAGAAGCAAUGUUGAAAACGGGGAUUGAAGGAGAUAUAUUAUCUGACCCCAAAACAUGUAAUAAAAGGGGAAAUCUGUUUGACGAAAAAGAGCUUAAAAAAUGCAUAGGAGUGAAUCAAGAAGGUUUUUUAAAUAAAAUUGUGUGGUUUUUUAAAAGUGUAAUUUGCAGAUUUAAAUUAUAUCCGUGGUAUUUAAAACCAAAAACAAUAAAAUAUGGAGAUGUUGAACAUAUAAUUACACAACCAUCAAUUGAAGUUUUUCAAGAAAAUAAAUUAAUGAAAAAUCCAAGAAAACCAACAGAAAUAGUAGUUUAUACAGACUCAUAUUGUUAUUCUGCUUGUUCGAUUUUGACAAAAGGAUUAAAAGAAUGGGGAAGUGCUAUUCUUGUUGGAUUUAAUGGUGACCCUAAUGGUAAGGAUGAAGAAUUUGAAGUAGGACAAUCACCAACAGGAGUAGAUGAUAUUGAUGGUUUAUGUGGCUCUGAAUAUAGUAUUUUUAAAUAUGGAUAUUCACUUAGUUUAAGUUUCUUAGAAUCAUUUAGGUAUAAUUAUAAUUAUGAUGAAACUAUUCCUAGAGAAUUUCUGACAGAUAUGAUAGAUGAAAGGGUGAAUAUUUAUCAAUAUUCAAAUAAUAACUUAGAAGAAUUUGAAGAAGAAACAUUGAAAAUAGUUGAUAAGUAUAAAAUAAAGUGUAAUCCAAAGAAUAAAAGAUUGGUUAAAGUAGAUAGUAACUGUGAUAAAGAAAUUAAAGUAGAACAUGGACAUGGAGGAUAUGAAUGUGGGGAUAAUGGAGAAUGGAGUACAAAAUGUAUAGUAUCCUAUUGUGAUGACGGAUAUAAGUUUGACUAUAAUAAUAACAAAUGUGUUGAGGAUAUAUGUGUUAAUCCACCAAAUCCAAGUAAUGGAACACCACAAAUGACAGUAAACAUAUUCAUGAUACUAAUAGGAGUAAUGGCUUUCCUUUAA